CAGAUCUGAAAGAAUGACUGCCUACGCAGCUCUUCGCGCGGAUUAAUGCGCAGAGGAGAAAAAGUGGGGAGGAGUAGAAUGAAGUGACAGAAGAGAGGAAAUCUGGAGGCGAAAGGCCUGGAGUGGUUCGGUCACAUCAGCAACACACCUACAGGAGAUUAGUGAUUAGUCUCAGUGGCGCUGCAUUGGUCAUUAAAUAGUCGAUCUGUGUCCCCCGCUGGGGGACAAGGACGAGGGAUCCUUGGAUGUGCCAGAGCUGCAAACUCACACGCUGACUAUGAUGGAGCCCAUGACGGUAACGACGUCGGUGGUGGGGUCGGACGAGUUCGACCGGAACGCCCCACGGAUCUGCGGCGUCUGCGGGGACAAAGCCACCGGCUUCCACUUCAACGCCAUGACUUGUGAAGGCUGCAAGGGGUUUUUCAGACGCAGUAUGAAGCGUAAAGCCACAUUCACGUGUCCCUUCAACGGAAGCUGCACCAUCACCAAGGACAACCGGCGCCACUGCCAGGCCUGCCGUCUCAAGCGCUGCAUCGACAUUGGCAUGAUGAAAGAGUUCAUCCUGACAGAUGAGGAAGUGCAGAGGAAGAAGGACAUGAUCAUGAAGCGUAAAGAGGAGGAGGCAGCCAGAGAGGCUCUGAAGCCCCGGUUGAACGAGGAGCAGGCCCAGAUCAUCUCUUGCCUGGUGGAGGCACACCACAAGACCUAUGACGACUCCUACUCCGACUUCUCGCGCUUUAGGCCACCAGUGCGAGACGGUCCAGUGACACGCAGCGCCAGCCGUGCAGCCUCCCUUCACUCUCUUUCAGAUGCCUCUUCUGACUCGUUUAACCACUCUCCUGAGUCAGUGGACACCAAGAUGAACCUGAGCAACUUGUUGAUGAUGUAUCAGGACGGCGCCGGCAGUCCAGACUCCAGCGAGGAGGACUCCAAGCUCUCCAUGCUGCCCCACCUGGCCGACCUGGUCUCCUACAGCAUCCAGAAGGUCAUCGGUUUCGCCAAGAUGAUUCCCGGUUUCAGAGAUCUGACAGCAGAGGACCAGAUAGCCUUGUUGAAGUCCAGUGCCAUUGAGAUCAUCAUGCUGCGUUCGAACCAGUCUUUCAGUCUGGAGGACAUGUCCUGGAGCUGCGGCGGGCCCGACUUCAAAUACUGCAUCACCGAUGUGACCAAGGCUGGCCACACUCUGGACCUUUUGGAGCCCCUGGUGAAGUUCCAGGUCGGCCUAAAAAAGCUGAACCUGCACGAGGAGGAGCAUGUGCUGCUCAUGGCCAUCUGUCUGCUCUCCCCAGAUCGCCCGGGCAUCCAGGACCACGCCAGGAUCGAGCAGCUUCAGGAUCGCCUGUCGGAGGCGCUGCAGGCCUACAUCCGAGUCAACCACCCGGGCGGCCGCCUCCUCUACGCCAAGAUGAUCCAGAAGCUGGCCGACCUGCGCAGCCUGAACGAGGAGCACUCCAAGCAGUACCGCUCGCUCUCCUUCCAGCCGGAGCACAGCAUGCAGCUCACCCCGCUGGUGCUGGAAGUGUUCGGCAGCGAGGUGUCAUAGCAGAAACGGAGGGACGGCACCCCACCCCCACCCCACCCCCAGAAACGUCUCACCCACGCAACGACAACAGCAGCAACAAAGGAACUGACCGAUCCUCACUGUCCUUCCCAAGUGACCCGACCCCAAGGACCCCCCUCCCCCCCAAAAAAUGGUGGAGAGAGCGCUUAUCGGAUAGAUGGAUGGUAACCAUCUCCUCUGAUUUGUUUCUCUUCUGCUCACCAGCCUCCUCUCCCUCCUCUUCCUCUUGACCUAGAAGCACCCGUCACGCAGACAUCUGGAUAUCCCGAUUCUGGAUGCGACAACUCCCAAAUUUUGUUUCUCCUGGAUUUCUGCAUCAUCAGCUUUAUUAGUGUACACAGACUUUCAAAUGCUCCUGAGAGAAAAUGAUGGUUUUUACCUCCGUAUUCAUGGAUAUUACCCAGAUCUCUUCGUUAUCAUAAACAUCUGGAACGCCUGGAUAUCCAGAUUUGCUGCCACUGCAUCCUCAACUCCAUAUCCAGCCUUUACCGUCGCCUUUUUUUUUUUUCUUUGAGACCGCAGACCAUUCUCCUCAAGCUCAACCCCACCUUUUUUUCUUUGGAUAACUGGAUGUGAUUUUUCGCUUCACGCUCAUUCUCAGCUCAUCGCAUCACAGGCGAUGUCUGGGAUGGGAGAGAGAGUCGCUAUAUAGAUACUCACCCCUCAUCAAAGCUCAUGUAACGCAAAGAUAAUAUGCUUGUGAUACUCGCAGUCUCUUGUGACGCCAACGGCGUUGCAGCAUAUGUUAAAUUCCUAGUAUUUCACAGUGUGCUGGCAGCAGAGACAGCCAAAAAAAAAUGUAUAAAUCAGCAUGGCUGUGUCCACAGAAGGAUGGCUGGCGGCACCGCGGCGAGGUCUCAGCCGGCCUGUCGAAUAUCGGAGAGGAGGAGCGGAGCUUUUGAAGAAGGAUGGGAGCGUUUGGGAUAUAAAAAAAAAAGUGGGUUUGCAGGUAAUAGGAAAGGUGGGUGGAAAUGUCGGUGGAUAGAGGGACCGAGGCGGAGACGAAUUUGAGUCGCUAAAGGUUGGAAUUUCCUCAUGCUCGACAAAAGGGAAUUUCACAAAACACGAAUGUAUGUAGAAUUCUAUAUAAAUAUAAUUGAUAUUGACAUAUAAGCUGAUAUCUAUAUUUAAGAGUGAAAGAUGGCUGUUUCCAUGGAAACAAAUAGUUCAGAGUGAUUUCACUGCAUAUUGUAGAGGAUUCAAAGCCCGCCUACCCACAACUGUGUGCGUAACCCGACUGUGCAUAUAUUUGUGUCCGGUGUCACAGACACACAUAUACACACAUGGACACCUGAGAAGUGUGUGAGGGUUCCUUCUAUUGUUUUUAUUUUUAUUUUUUUCCUUUAAAAGUGUACAGUUUAUGAGAAUAUUGAUGGACCACAAGGGGGUUGACGUACAGGAUCUGACUGAGGCUUUGUACAGGGAAGUGCUUCAAGUAUUGGUUUAGUCAUUAAUUGGACCUGUAAGUUUGUCGAAACGGAAGACAGACACACACACAUACACGCAGACAUACGACGAUAAACACACACACGGUGCGCACACACGCUCACACAAAGUCCUGUUUCAUGGAUAAUGACUAUCCAAAACAUUUGGUUGGCUGGUUAGAUUGCUGCUAAGACAGUUAGUUAGAGCUAAAUAGUUGGACGGAAACCAACUAUUUGCAGCUGCCUCAGGGAAAAGUUUUGUCUGAUGUUGUGUACUUUGUCUUUAUGGUAUGUGUGUGCCGUGGCGUAAGCUUACAAUCAUGAAAGGAGAUUGUUUUGUUUUUUUUUUUUUUUUUAAGCUCUAGGCAUCACUGGUGAUUUGAAUCAUGCUAAAUAACAGUAUAAGUAAGCUACAAGUCUUUUUUUAAUGAUUACUGCAGAGUUUCAUUCCAAACUUAUCUACUCAUGUAAAAAUCUGACACUUAAAAGAUAUAUCUUGUAUGGUUAAAAAAAUUCAUUAAGGAUGAUUGUUAAACUUGACAUAUAUCCGUAAAAUAGCUAGGUUUUUGAGGACAGGAUCAGCAGUUGUGUCGAUGAGGUCGAUUUGUAAGGAUGUCCAUUUCUUGGUCAAAGUUUCUAUGCUAUAGAUGGUAGCUACGUGAAUAAGCGAUACAGUUUUGGAAUGAAACCGUUCAAGUACUCUAAACAGUAGGGCAAAAUCACAACUGACGGGGGGGGGGAGUUUUGUAUUUAUUGAAUAUGCAACUUCAAGCCUCAUCCGCUCUGCCAUAUUUGUAUCAUUUUUGACACCGGUCAGGUGUAGAUAAACGAGGUUUAGGAUGUUAGGAUAAACAUCAUUACAUAUCACACCCUGUCAACACAAAGCGUACACACCUCCCCCGUUCCCCUCUCAGGCCUAAAUCGCCCCUUGUGGCCAAACCUUGUAAAUACCACUCACUAAAAAAAGUCUGUACAUAGCGAUUAAAAUAGGCAAAGGAAAAGUCAGCGGUUGACAGCAAAGGUGUUGUGGAAAUACAGUACUUUUAUGCAAACAGGAGAUGGACCCAAUUCUUACGUUGUACCCACAGAACUGGAAUGGAUAGAACGGCUCGAUUACUACCCCAAAUCAGUAGAAACCGAGUGGACGCGUUCGUCUCGUGUGUUGAAGAAGGCCGCCAUAGAUCUGAUAGUGCGCUCACUGCGGUGGGGACCGGUGCCAUAUGCGUGAGACCCAGCAGGCUGACGCGUAACCUUUGGCUGAGGCUUCGCUUCGCUGAACAUUCCCAGUGGCCGACGUGUCGACGUUGCCCGAGUCUCCCCCCGCGCGGAGGCGCCACACACGAACAGGUCUCACAUCUGGGACCGAGGUCCUCCAUAUUCUAGCAGAUGUUUGAAUGUAAAUGUACCAU